AUGUUACCGGCAUAUAUGGGUGAGAUGAAAAAUGAUGGAAGCACCAGUCAUCUUUAUUUCCCUUAUCCACCAACUAUGACUCCAAAUGUGAUGGCACCAAAUUUCCCUUCCUAUACCGUUCCGAUACCACCACCAACCUAUGAGGUUGCAGCUUCUGGUCUAAACCCCAUAAAACAGGACCAAAAUUUCCCGUCUGCUAUUUCUGGACCAUCACCAUCAUCCUCAUCAACACCUUGCGUCUCAUCAACAACACAGCAUCAACGACGAUCGGCCAACAUCCCUAUCGAUGAAGAAGCACGCAAGAAGUAA